AUGCUGGAUUCCCAAGCAACAAUGAUAAUUCUUUUAGAAUUGAAACAAGAGCUUCCAUUAUCUGGCCUAAGUCGGAAUUUGCAGCCAAGGAAACUUCCUGACAUGGUAUACGAUGCUUCCGGUCUCAUUUGUCAGGCGGACGAAAACGACGAUGUCUUACUGUCAGAGAUCAACAGUGCUACCAUCGCUACAUAUGUCAAUAUACCAACUACCACCUGUGCAGUAUCUUCAAAAAUAGGUUCUACGUCUUAUGCCAAUGCAGUUGCAGCUGUAUUUCACUCGGCUAUGAGUCGGAUAGUAGUUCGGGAGAAUGGAGUUCCAGGUUACGAUAAAAUAAGAAAAAAGCUGAUAAAGGACUAUGGCGAACAUGAAGUUAUCAUUGAAGAUGUACUCAGAAAGUGGUGUCCGAUUUACCGACUGCGAUAUGAAAGAAUUGAAGAGCUCGACGCUAGACAAACCAUCGAAGCCGAGCGUUCUGUCCUCGCCACAUUUAGUUUAUCCGAAGAAGAAUGGAUUGACUUCUCAAAGUUUUACAAGACAUAUCCAACAGGUAUCCUUGAAAGGAAGGAUUUAGGCAUGCAUAGCUCGCUAGCAAACGAAUGUAAUCAUGCUGUCGUUUUGACAAAAUCCAAUACCACAUAUUUGACAUUCAUGAACUCAUGGGGAACGAGUUUUGCUGACAAUGGAUUUUUCAAAGUUCGAGACCAAUCAGUGUUAAACCUAUCUUUCUAUGAUGUUUAUUGGACUUUGGAAGACCUGAAAGAAAGCGAGAUAAGAGCAUUUCAGUCAAUGUGCGCAGAAGUUGAACGAGAAAUCACAUAA